CCUAGAUCUAGAUCUACGCCUAACUAUAAUUUUCGUAAUAAUAUAGAUCUAAUUCCAAUUAUGAAGUAAUAAUUUAGAGAUUUUCUAGAUUGGACAUAAUUUGCUUCCCCAUAACCUAGUAACCUUCCAGCGCCACCAUGAUAGCAGACUCUGGCACAACCAGCUGUAUCCUUUCUGUUGAAGCAGAGAGUUUUGUGGAGCACCUGAUGGAGUUUGAUGUGAAAGAUGUUGGCUCUGCCAGAUGGCACCAACAACACGAACAUGUGGAAAAACUGAACAUGCAAGCUGUGAUCAAUGCCGCAGCUAAGGAGGACGAAUUUGUCAAAGAAUAUUUUAUAUCAUAUGGCAAGAUUAACUUAUUGAUACAAGACUUAAUAACAACAGAAAUUUGGAAACAGAAAGUUUUUCCUGAAUUAAUUGACAUGGAGUUUGAACCAAAAACUACUUUUCCAAUAUAUAUUAUACUCUACCACGAGGCCACUGUGAUCAACUUGCUAGAGACGAUGAUGUUCUACAAGGAAACUUGUGAAGUUGCUGAUGACUCUGUACUUGAUCUGGUCGACUAUGCUUAUCGUAAACUUUGUUAUCUGGCUGCUAAGGGAGAAAACAAAGAUGAUGAGUUCUUGCCCAAUGGCAGAGAUCCUGGAGUAGCAACAAGUAACAUGGAGGAGUUGGUGCAACAGGAACUUCAGCUGCAGUUUGAAAUCAGCAUCAAAGCCUUGUCAGUCAUACGAUACAUCACAGACUGUUUAGACAUUCUUCCGCUAAGUGUCAUGACCAGAAUUUUAAACACACACGACCUCCCCAUUUUGUUGGUGCAACUAGUGGAGUCGCCGCCCUGGACUAGGAGAAAAGAUGGAAAACUGUACAAGUUUAUUGAUAGCAAGUGGGUAGAAGUUAGCUUCGAGGAUAGUCUGAAACUCACCAAAACUGAAGGACAGGUUUGGAUCGCAAUUUUUAAUUUACUAAUGAAAAGGUCAUGUCAAGAAAAAUAUGAACUAAACAAUUAUCGUAAGAAUACAAUUAUCAAGCUUAGGUCCCAUUUAACAGAAGUGCUAUUAGACCAGAUGCCCAUCCUGGCAGAGCUGCAGAGGUAUCUUGAGCACCUGGCCAUUAUGGAUCCACCACCUGCCAAAAAAGAUUUGGUCCUUGAACAGGUACCAGAAAUGAGAGACAAACUACUGAAGAAAUAUGAGGACAAGUGGCACAAGAUUGCUUCAGCUCAGGUGAAAACAACAUUCAACCAAUCGGAUGACGACAUCAGGUCACAGGCUCAAAGAUGGGCAGCCACUUACAAUUUGGAUGUUUUAGAAGAACUGGUUGCAGACCCUCCUAAAUGUGCAGUGUGUGGCCAACUGGCCAGCAAACGUUGUUCCCGUUGCCAGAAUGAGUGGUAUUGUCGCAGAGAAUGUCAAGUUGCACAUUGGAAGAAACAUAAACAAGCAUGUGACAUAAUCCAUGAAACCUUACAGACAGCUAGAUAACGACUAACAGUGUGUUACAAGAUUAUUUAUGUUCAACAAUUUAGAUGUGUUCUUUUAACUGCCAAUUUCAUUUUGUGGUUCAAUAAAGUUUAUAUUUUAGAGUCAUGUGUGUAAGUAAUGAAAUUUAGUUGAUUCCACAUGUAGACUCAACUAAAAAAAUUCCAUUCAGAUUCUUGCAAUCUUUAACAUUUUGAAAAUGAAUGUUGAAUGCAGUAAUUAAGUUUGUCAGUUAAAUGAAUAAAUCUGUUUCUAAAGGAAAUCUUUUAAGUUGAGUUAUAAAUAUUCCGUCCAUUGUUCUAUUGAAUGCUUAAAUAGUUAUCUUUGAUAUUCAAACUAUCUAAUAUGAUGGUGAAAAUGAAUGUA